UCUAACCACACCACAAACCUCUUCCAACAAAUUCUCUCUCUCUCUCUCUCUCUCUCUCUCUCUCUCAUUGAUGGCCGUCAUCAAAGCUCCGAAGAAGGAGGCUUCUUGCAACAGCUCCAAACAGAAAAAGAGACAGCCGCAAUCCAAACAGCCUUCUUCAUGGGACCAAAUCAAAAACCUAGUAACUUGCAAACAAAUGGAGAAUGCCAGAAUCCAUCACCCCUGCGCCAAGAUUUGCACUUUCAUGGACGUCUCCGCCGAUAAGUCGCCGGAGAAAGGAGCCUCGAGGCCGGAGAUCGUCAAGAGAAGCGGCUGCGGCCCCCCGAACAGCGGUGCCAUGCAGCUCAGGAAACUUUCGGGGUGCUACGAGUGUCGCGCCGUUGUCGAUCUCCCGUUGCCGAGAGCCAACGUGUUCCCAUGCUCUCAGUGUGGAGAGAUUUUCCCCAAAAUUGAAAGCUUGGAGCUUCAUCAAGCUGUUAGGCAUGCAGUGUCGGAGUUGAGUCCAGACGACUCGAGCCGUAACAUAGUGGAAAUAAUAUUCAAAUCAAGCUGGCUCAAAAUGGAAAAUCCAAUAUGCAAGAUCGAACGGAUAUUAAAGGUUCACAACACCCAUCGCACCAUCCAACGGUUCGAGGGCUACCGUGACUCAAUCAAGCUACGCGCCAAGCGGAGCGCAAGAUGCGCCGCCGACGGGAAUGAGCUGCUGAGGUUCCACGCCGCCACCAUUACGUGCACCCUCGGCGCGCGCGGGUCCUCGAGCUUGUGUGGCUCCGUGCCGGCUUGCUGCAUCUGCGCGAUCAUUCGACACGGGUUCAGAUGCAACAAGACCAUCGGCGUCUGCACGACUGCCAGCAGCGGUCGUGCUGACGACUACCUCGGUGGAGGCGGUGGUGGACCCCGCAGGGCAAUGCUAGUGUGCCGCGUGAUUGCGGGGAGGGUGAAGCCGCGCUUCGAGAAUGACGCGCCGGCUGAUGCGGAAGGGAGCGCGGCUGGCUCGUAUGAUUCUUUAGCCGGCUCAAAUGCGGCUUAUCCGAAUAUGGAGGAAUUGUAUGUGUUUAGUUCAAGGGCAAUUUUACCUUGUUUUGUGGUAAUUUAUAAAAUGCUUGAGUAA